CCGAAGAAAACGAGACGGUGAAAAUUCGAACACCCAAUAGCAAUGAGGGUUUCUUUCUUCUAAAUUUAUCAUUGGUAGAAUUUUUCGGUCGGAAGUUCGGCGCCUGCGCUACGAGUUUCAUUCAAGUUAAUAAUAAUUUAUAUUUCUACACACUUUACACAAAUUCUUUGGCUUCUCUACAUCAGGAAGUUCCAAUCUUAUUCUGUAGAUUUUAGAUGAAAACUAGGAACCUCACAAUGAACUUUGGAAAACGGUUAAUCGGAAUUUACAGAUACAGAUCACUUGGUACGAAUGUAAAGAGCCUUACCACGACAUCAAGAGUCUUCUCAGAGUUACCUCAACCAGAAUAUGACAUUAACUACUUAUGCAACGUGAGCAAUAAAGAAAUAAUCUCUGAAAAUAUAAACCGGAGAAAAGGCAUAGGCAAUAUCAACAAAGUCCAUGAGCUUCUGAGUAAUUCUGCCUCGAAGGAUUUACUGAAUGUUGAACUCGAAAAGAUUCCAAAUAAAACAGAUCCAACAGUACUCCAGUAUGGCAAUGAGGCACAUGUUUUGAACACUUGUGGUUCGAUGCCCAGUUUCAACUUCAAACCAAAAGAGUUUGAAGAUAUCGCAAAAAAUUUGAAACUUAUUCGUACUGAAAAUUUAGGAAAUUUGAGUGGGUCAAGAAGUUACAUGCUUUUGGGACAUUUGGCUGACCUGGAAGAAGCCCUAAUUUUUUACACAAUUCAUGAAUUAAUUAAUAGAAAUUUCCAACUUAUAUCAGUACCUGAUAUAUUGCCCACAGCGGUUAUAGAGCGUUGCGGAAUGAUCAUUGGUAAUGAAAGAACUCAAGUCUAUUCACUGGAUCAUGUGCAUGGUCCUGAUCUAAGUUUGUCAGGAACUGCAGAGAUGUCUAUAGCAGGAAAACUAGCCAGAGCACGGUUAUCUCUGGAUCAGUUACCAUUGAAAUAUGCUGCAGUUAGCAGAUGCUAUAGAGCAGAAGCUUCAAGUAUUUCAGAAGAGAGAGGUAUUUAUAGGGUUCACCAAUUCACUAAAGUAGAAAUGUUCAUCUGCUGUCAACCACAUCAAUCCUGUGAUAUCUUGAAUGAACUUAAAUCUAUCGAAGAAGACCUCUUUAUUAAUUUGGGCCUGCAUUUCAAAGUGUUGGACAUGCCUCCACAUGAAUUAGGAGCUCCAGCUUAUAGAAAAUUUGACAUCGAAGGAUGGAUGCCUGGGCGACAACAAUUUGGAGAAUUAUCCAGCUGUAGUAACUGCACAGAUUAUCAGUCUCGUAGGCUGGAUAUUAAAUAUGAAACAGAACGUAACGAAUUAGAACACGUUCAUACUCUAAAUGGGACAGCAUGUGCGAUACCAAGAAUGCUAAUAGCCCUUUGUGAAACGCAUCAGACCAAAGACGGUGAUAUUAGAGUACCUGAAAAACUGUUAGCAUAUAUGAGGGGAAAGACGAUUAUACAAAAACAGCGCUUAGCUGGAAUGCGAUAUGUUAAACAUAAGCCUAAAAUCAACUGAAAUACAUUAAAAAAUGUUCCAAACACAAA